AACCGUAAAAAAGCAAACAGACACAACCCACGUGCUGUACAUUAAUGGCAACACUCAAAAACUUCUCUCUUCUUCUACUUACUUCAACUUCCACUUCUAUACAAGAACCACUCUCAAUCCUAGUCACUGUCUAGAUUUGGAUAACACUAAUUCUCUUCAGUAAUGGCGAAGAUCGGGAAGAUAGUGCUCGACUCCGGUUGGUUUGCGGCGAGAUCGACGGAGGUUAAAUUCAACGGAGUUCAGCUCACCACCACUCACCCGCCUGCCGGUCCCAGUGACCCAUGGAUGGAUGCGGCCGUUCCGGGAACUGUGUUGGGAACUCUAGUAAAAAAUAAAAAGGUGCCUGAUCCAUUCUACGGUUUAGAAAAUGAAACAAUAAUCGAUAUUGCUGACUCUGGAAGGGAGUAUUAUACAUUUUGGUUCUUCACUACUUUUGAGUCUAAGCUGUCAGGAAAUCAACAUCUGGAGCUGAAUUUCCGUGCCAUCAACUACUCCGCUGAUGUGUAUUUGAAUGGACACCUCAAGGUGUUACCCAAAGGGAUGUUUAGAAGACAUGCUCUUGAUGUUACUGAUAUUUUAAAUCCCGAAGGUACAAAUUUGUUGGCUGUUCUUGUUCAUCCUCCUGAUCAUCCAGGAAGCAUUCCUCCUGAAGGAGGGCAGGGUGGGGAUCAUGAGAUCGGUAAAGAUGUGGCUACGCAAUAUGUUGAAGGUUGGGAUUGGAUGGCUCCGAUAAGGGAUAGGAACACUGGCAUAUGGGAUGAGGCAUCAAUUUAUGUCACUGGGCCUGUGAAAAUUGUAGAUCCCCAUUUAGUUUCAACAUUUUUUGAUGGUUAUAAGAGGGUAUAUUUGUAUGCUACAACUGAGUUGGAAAACAAAAGCGCUUGGGUUGCUGAAUGUAAUAUAAAUAUCCAAGUGACAGUUGAACUUGAAGGAAACUUUUGCUUGGUAGAGCAUCUUCAAACGCAGCAUGUGUCAAUUCCUGCUGGAAAAACUAUUCAGUAUACUUUUCCUCAGCUUUUCUUCUACAAGCCUAAUUUAUGGUGGCCAAAUGGCAUGGGAAAGCAAUCCCUGUACAAUGUCAGUAUUACUGUUGAUGCGGAGGGAUUUGGAGAAUCAGACUCAUGGAACCAGCUGUUUGGUUUCCGUAAAAUUGAAAGCUACAUUGACAGCAAUACCGGUGGAAGAUUGUUCAAGGUCAAUGGACAGCCUAUUUUUAUCCGCGGUGGUAAUUGGAUAGUGUCGGAUGGCUUACUGCGACUUUCAAGAAAACGUUAUAAAACAGACAUCAAGUUCCAUGCUGAUAUGAAUUUUAACAUGAUCCGCUGUUGGGGUGGUGGAUUAGCUGAGAGACCGGAGUUCUAUCAUUACUGUGACAUUUAUGGUUUGCUGGUGUGGCAAGAGUUUUGGAUCACUGGAGAUGUUGAUGGAAGAGGUGUCCCGGUAUCAAAUCCAAAUGGUCCGCUUGAUCACGGCCUUUUUCUGCUAUGUGCUAGAGACACUGUCAAGCUUCUAAGGAAUCACCCUAGUCUUGCUCUGUGGGUUGGUGGAAAUGAACAAGUUCCACCACCUGAUAUCAAUGCUGCUUUGAAGAAUGACCUCAAACUCCAUCCCCAUUUUCUGAAAUUUGACGAAAAUAGCCAAUCUAUGCAAGAUCUGCCUUUACAAUCAGUUGCUCCUAGUCAAUAUCUCGAUGGUACACGUAUUUAUGUUCAAGGAUCCAUGUGGGAUGGCUUUGCAAAUGGAAAGGGGGACUUCACCGAUGGCCCUUAUGAAAUCCAAAAUCCUGAAGAUUUCUUUAGAGAUGAUUAUUACAAGUACGGAUUCAAUCCUGAGGUUGGUAAUGUGGGAAUGCCGGUUGCUGCAACUAUUAGAGCAACAAUGCCUCCAGAAGGGUGGCAAAUUCCAUUGUUUAAGGUGAUGCCCGAUGGUUAUGUAGAAGAAGUCGCAAACCCAAUAUGGGAAUACCAUAAAUACAUUCCAUAUUCAAAACCAGGAAAGGUUCAUGAUCAGAUUUUAUUGUAUGGAGUUCCUAAAGAUCUGGAUGACUUUUGUUUAAAGGCUCAGCUUGUUAACUACAUUCAGUAUAGAGCUUUAAUUGAGGGCUAUACUUCGAAAAUGUGGAAAAAACACACUGGUUUCUUAAUUUGGAAGACGCAGAAUCCAUGGACAGGUCUGAGAGGCCAGUUUUACGAUCAUCUUCUUGAUCAAACAGCAGGUUUCUAUGGCUGUCGAUGUGCGGCAGAGCCAAUUCAUGUCCAGUUGAAUCUGAGUACAUAUUCUAUUGAGGCUGUUAAUACCCUGUCGGAGCAACUGUCUGGUGUAGCCAUUGAAGCAUCGGUAUGGGAUCUAUCAGGAGCAUGCCCGUAUUAUAAAGUAUUUGAAAAACUCUCUCUUCCACCAAAGAAAACAGUAUCCAUUGGCGAGAUGAAGUACCCAAAGUCCAAAAACCCAAAACCAGUCUACUUUCUUCUCCUCAAGCUUUAUAAUAUGUCAGAUUAUGGCAUUAUAUCUAGAAACUUUUAUUGGUUACAUUUGCCUGGUGGAGAUUACAAGCUGCUCGAACCUUACAGGAAGAGAAAAGUUCCUCUCAAGAUAACAUCAAAGACUUUCAUAAAAGGAUCCACUUAUGAAAUAGAUAUGCGCGUGCAUAACAUAUCUAAGAAACCAGACUCGAAAUGCUCGACUUAUAAGAAUAAUUUCAUUACCAGACUAGUUGGUGAUGAUUUUGAUACCUCCUCGAUGGAGCUGGAACCUGUAAAUGACAAAGCUAAGCAAAAGCCUGAAGCUAGCUUACUGCAGAGGAUCUACAAACAUUUUUCUCCGGAAACUGAUGGUCUGAGAGUAACUGAGAUUAACGGUUCCGAGGAAGGAGUUGCCUUCUUCCUUCACUUCUCUAUUCAUGCAUCAAAGACUAACCACCAGGAAGGGGAAGACUUAAGAAUUCUACCUGUUCAUUACUCAGACAACCACUUCUCGCUUGUGCCAGGCGAGAUUAUGCCGAUCAAGCUAUCUUUUGAGGUUCCUCCAGGUGUUACUCCUCGGAUAACGCUUCAAGGCUGGAAUUAUUAUAAUGGCCAUAAUAUUUUUUGAUCCCGGCACGAGUACUUCUCCGUAAACUUGCUUGUCUUGGUUUUGCAAUGGUUAAGAGUUUAGAGGUUUUUUUAUUCACGCUGGACCUGAAAUCUUCAAGUUAUCUCAUUGUAUGUGAUUAAUUCCAUUUCGGAGCUUAUACAUGCAUUUGCUCUUGAAAAAACUUCUAUUUGUAAUAGUUCAACUAGCAAUACUAAAAAUAAAGCAUUCUUUCCAUUGGA